UCGAACAGAUGGUACUUCCGGGUUUCCGGAAAUGAAGAAGCUCGGCUCAGGACUGAACAACGUAGAAGUAGUACAGAAGAUAAUAUCUUUUUACACCGUUUUGGCUUGGUUGUAGUGGUGAUGUGUCCUGGUCCCCAUGAAUGCCCGUCGACGCCACAGUUCUAAAAACAGCCAGCAGGGGGCGUACUUCGGGCCCUCCCAGACCCAGGCGUUGCUGAGCGACCAAUCGGACGCAUCGGUCGGGGCUGCGUCUUUCGCGGCCACGCCCCCCUCGGUCCCUCUCUUGGACAGCAGUAGUAUGUCCUGUCGUGACCGGACCCAGGAGUUCCUGUCCGUGUGCAAGUCUCUGCAGAACCAACGGAAUGGCCUCCAGAGAGAUAAACAAGCUCUUAGUGCCAUCAGACAGCGGAGUGACUUCACUCUCAUGGCAAAGAGAAUUGGAAGGGACCUGACUAACACCUUCGCCAAACUGGAGAAACUCACAAUACUUGCCAAGAGAAAGUCCCUGUUUGAUGACAAGGCGGUGGAGAUCGAAGAGCUGACGUAUAUCAUUCGGCAGGACAUUGGCAGCCUGAACAAGCAGAUUGCACAACUGCAGGAACUGGUACGCUCCCGAAGCACCCAGAGCAGCCGACACAUUCAGACGCAUUCCAACACAGUGGUUGUCUCGCUGCAGUCAAAACUGGCAUCGAUGUCAAACGACUUCAAGUCGAUCCUGGAGGUGAGGACGGAGAACCUCAAGCAGCAACGAAGUAGGAGGGAGCAGUUCUCACAGCCCCCCGUUUCCACGGCAACCCUGCAUGCUGGGAACCUCAAUGGGUCACUGUUGAUGCAGGAUGAGCCAAGGCGGUCUGCUGAUGUGUCCAUUGACAUGGACUCUCGCACCAGCCAGCAGCUACAACUCAUCGACGAACAGGACUCUUACAUCCAGAGCCGUGCAGACACCAUGCAGAACAUCGAGUCCACCAUCGUGGAGCUUGGAUCCAUCUUCCAGCAACUGGCCCACAUGGUGAAGGAGCAGGAAGAAACUGUGCAAAGGAUUGAUGCCAAUGUGGAAGACACGCAGCUUAACGUGGAGGCCGCGCACACCGAGAUCGUCAAGUACUUCCAGUCCGUCUCCUCAAACCGCUGGCUCAUGAUCAAGAUCUUUCUCAUCCUCAUUGUCUUCUUCAUCGUCUUUGUUGUCUUCUUUGCCUAAGCAAAGUACAGGAUGGAGAUGUGGGAGGAGCGAGUGGUGCAGAGCAAAGAACAUGGAUCCUCGUUCUUAACUGGAUGGGAAGGGCACAUUAGGAUGGUCAGAAACGGGUUUGAACUGGCAAGACAUCACACAAUGUCUGCCGUUUGUGUUGUACUCCUACUGUCCACCUCAUCAGUCUCCCUUCUCAAGUGAAGACAUCUACACACCGUCUUCACAUUUUAGAGAACCAUUUAUAUAACCCUGAACACAGGGUGAUGCCACAGACUGUCCCUGCUGUUCCUCUGAGAUAAGACCUUUGUGUUCACGCUGGCCUGGUGGGAGGAGACUGGCUGCCUUUGAUGUGUAGUAAUUCUGCAAAGUCUCCAUGGUAACAAUGACGGGGUUCUGGUGACCAGAGUGACUAUUUAUUGCCUUAUGACCCAAGCAGUUUGCUCUGACCCAGUGUUUCCUUUAUCCGGACAUGACCGUUGUGAACCCUUGAGUAACACCAAAUAUAAGUAAUCCCCCUUUCUGCUCACAGGUGGCAGGUCAAUGUAGCAUUCAGGGGUAUUUGCCACAUUUAAUUCAUAUGUGGACAAAGAAUACUCAUGCGGGACCAAUACUGAAGUGGUGGUUCUGGGCUUUAGCCAAGUGUUUGGGAGCGUGACCUUUUAGUUAAUGAAGAAUGAGGUCAAAUAAAUUAAGUGCUGCCAGGGCUAAGCACAGUGUCCCGCACACUCAUAGAGACACUAUCCAGUUGUCUCCUUAUACAAGGCCUAAUGCAGCUGUGUGUUUCAUCAGGAAGCUCACAGGCAUAUUGCACACACUCCAUGUUUCUGUUGGUGUGUAUGCAGCGUCACAGCAUCGCCUUGUCAUUCCACUUAAAGGCCAGAGUCCCCCUCUUCACUCAUGAUUCUGUCUUCUGCUGAAGAUGAGCUGUACACUCUAGUUCAUUCUGUAAUUAGUUUGUUGCUUUUAAGGCUGCUUAUGUUAGUUCUCUUUCUGAAACUUUAUUUUAUUAAUAAUAAAAAUGAGAACAUCUUUGUUCAACAAUGAUCAA